CUGACUCCUUUCCACCAACCAUGUUCCUCCCCGCGGCCGCGCUUCUCUCUUGUGCGCUUGUUCUGAGCGUGGACCCAGGUCGCGGAGCAGAGAUCAUCGGAGGGGCGGAGGUGCAGCCCCACUCGCUCCCCUACAUGGCCCACCUGAAGGGUGACAAGGGCUCCUGCGGCGGGACGCUGAUCCACCCCAAAUGGGUUCUGACCGCGGCUCAUUGUGUUGGAAUGACUCAUGUGGUGUUGGGGUCUCACUCCGUCACCAACCAUGAGGAGGAGCAGCAUGUGAGGCAGUACCGGAACGUGUCCCGCUGGGUCCCCCACCCCAGCUACUACGUUUUCAUAAAUGACCUUAUGCUGCUGGAGCUGGACCGACCCGUGUUGAAGACCAAGACGGUGAAGUGGCUGAAAGUGGCUGAAGAGGUGGAGAAGCCGGGGACCUGCACCCAGUGCAUGGUUGCCGGGUGGGGAAUGACCUGCGACGACGCUAUGCAGGGCUCCAACGUGCUGAGGCACACCACAGUCACCGUCUUCAACAGGGAAACCUGCAACUCUGCAGAGUUCUACAACAACAGACCUCGGAUCCCCACCGGCAUGAUCUGCGCCGGCUCGCUGCCGGGGGACAUCCAGCAGAGUCCCUGGAAGAGCGACUCCGGCGGGCCGCUGGUGUGCGGUGGUGCGGUGGUGGGAGUGGUCUCGUUUGGGAUGCCAGACAAACCGGUGGUGUUCAACUUCCUCUCCAUAAAGCGCGUCGAGUGGAUCCGGAAGACUAUCAGCAACAGCUGAACCUUCAGUGUUAAUAAAUUCACCCGUUAGAGCAUCAGUCACUCUGUUCGUCUGUCACAGUUGUGUUGGAGUCAAGAUUUCACCUUGCUCUGACGCGGAGGGUGAAGGUCACAGCAGAGGCAUUCAGUUGGGGUGAUGUUGAAUGUUGCUGCCAUGUUUUUUUUUUUUAACUGUGGUAUCAAAACAGAACAGAACUUUUAAGAUACCUAAUGUCCCUCAAGGAAAAAUUUGCAAUUUGGUCUGCAACUUUCCCACCAUUUCCAUCCAUUAUUUAUCAUAUCAUCAUUAUCAUAUUCCCUCCCUCCCUCCCUCCUUGUUGAGAUGAAGUCAUGAUG